AUGAAACUUCAGUGUUUGACGACGAAAACUGAAAAUGCAGUGACAAAUUACAGACUGUACGAAUUUCAAGAGAUUUUCGAUAGCCGUGUACGAAGUAACAGUACUAAAACGCGCAGCACUAAUCAGAACAUCGACAAUAACAAUACAAAUACUCACAAUAACAGUGAUACUGAUAAAGCAGAAUCACCACCCUCAUUAUUACACGUAAAUGGACAACACUAUGCGGCGUUGUCCGAUUCGGAUAUGCUCAGAUUGUCGUUCGAAAGGCAUUUGACGCUUUGUGGUGUUGCGAGUAAUCGUGAAACUCGCUACUAUGAUCUAUCUCCGCAAACAACAGAUGAUGUUAAGUUUGAAACAUUCGAUGCCAAUCUCGAAACAGACUAUGUAUUGCACUGGCUUGAUCGUGACCCAUCUGAACGAAAUGCACGUAGCAGUCUAGGUGAUUAUGGUGAAAGUAGUAUGAAGAAGAAACGAUCCGGAAGUGGAACCGAAAAUUACGGUCGUGACGAAAUUCAUAAAGGUGACUGA